CGCCCAUAUUCCUUUCCUCUCUAUUUCUCCCCUCACCUUCUCGAUUACAAACGUACGCCAUGUCGACUGUGACGUUCGAGAACAUCUAUCAUGGCGAUUCGAGCCAGCUGGGCAAGCUGAGAUUCAACCCGGUCGGCUUCGGAUGGAAGGCGUAUCAGAGCGAGGACAAUAAUCCCGAGACGUACACCGGUACCGACAUUAGGCAUGCUACCUUCUUCCGUGUCGCUCGAUCAUACCAGCUCCGGCUUACAAUGCGAAAUGCUGAGAGGCCCCGUAUAACUUAUGAUGGAUUCCCUCACGGCGAACUAGACAAGCUCAAGCGAACUCUGCAAGAGUACUUUGACAUCAACAUCGAGACGAAAGACAUUAGUUUGAAGGGCUGGAAUUGGGGGGAGGCUCAAGUCCAAGGAAAUGACCUCGCCUUCCAAGUCCAAGGCAAGACCGCCUUCGACAUCCCCCUCUCCCAAGUCGCCAACUCCAACAUCGCCGGCAAAAACGAAGUCGCUCUCGAAUUCAACCCCUCCUCCAAUUACAGCUUUGACGCCAAAGACCUCUCCAAACGCCCUCCCGACGAGCUCGUCGAAAUGCGCUUCUACAUCCCGGGCAAGAGUAUGAAGAAGAUUGGAAGUGAUGCUGGGAGUGCGGGUGAGGAGACGGAUUUGGACGACGAGGGCAAUGAGGUCAGCGCGGCGGAUGCUUUCCACAACUUGGUCAAGGACAAGGCGGAUAUUGGCGCGGUCGUCGGGGAGAGCAUUGUGGUAUUUGAGGACUGUCUUAUCUUGACUCCUCGUGGUCGAUUCUCCAUUGAAGUCUACCAAGAGUCUCUCCGCCUCGUCGGCAAAUCCACCGACCAUCGUGUACCUUUCACCUCUAUCCACCGCAUCUUCCUUCUUCCCAAGCUUGAUGACUUGCACAUCCAACUCGUCAUUGGCCUUGACCCUCCCAUCCGUCAAGGUGCUACCCGAUACCCCUUCCUUGUCGUUCAGUGGCCGAAGGACGAGGUCGUCAAUGCCGAACUCAACCUUACCGACGAACAAUCUGCGGCAUACCCUGAUCUCGAAAAGUCGUAUGACGCUACCACCUUCCAAGUCGUUUCUCGUGUUCUCAAGUCUUUGACCGGCAAAAAGGUCACGCCACCCGGCAGUAUGCGAAACGCCCAAGGCCUCAACGGCAUCCGCGCGAACGUCAAGGCUACGCAAGGCGAGCUUUAUUUCCUCGAGAAGGGUCUCAUCUUCAUCUCCAAACAACCCAUCUUGCUCGACUUUUCAAAAGUGGAAAGCAUUUCCUUCUCUCGGUACGUUUCCAAUCCGGCUCUCCCUCUUUUAUAUUGUGGCUUUGGCUAAUGAUGUGUGCAGAGUCGGUGGUGGUGUCGCUUCGGCCCGAACUUUCGACAUGCGAGUCGUUUCCAAAACCGGUACCGCCGACCACGUCUUCUCCGCCAUCAACAAGCAAGAAGUCGGCUCCAUCAGCGCCUUCCUUCAAGGAAAGAACAUUCGACUCAAGAACGAGAUGGAAGAGGCUACUAUCGAUAUUGAGGGCGGUUUCAGCGAUGACGACGAGGAGAUGGACAGCGCGAGCGAGGAUGAGAGGCCAAGCAAGGCGAACAAGGCGAACAAGGCGAGCAAGGAGAAGACGAAGGCCGUGAAGAAUGCGGCACCGGCGGACGAUGAUGACGACGAGUCAGAGGACGAAGAUUUCGCGGGCGACUCCUCUUCCGACGGCGGCUCAACUUCCGGCUCUGACGACGACGACGAUGAUUCGGGUAUGGCUUCCGAUGCCAGUGACCCCAUGAUGGAGGAACUGCGCAAGAAGCAACAGGCGAAGAAGCCGAAGAAGAAGGCGGAGGAGAGUGGGAGUGAUAGCGAGAAGCCGGCGAAGAAGAAGGCGAAGAAGAAUGAGGAUGACGAGUGAGGGAGGUGAUAGGGGUUCUGUGUGUUCUGCUAUAUGUAUGAUUGUACUGCAUG